AUAUGCUCCCUUUCUCCUCCUGUCCUUCAAUGAUGCAAGGCCAGAAUCAAUUUAUUGAUUGAUGUAGCAACCACGAUUUCUUUUUUGCCCACCUCCUACGCUUAAUCCUUUGAUCGCCUUGGUUUGUACUUUCUAGUUUCUGGGUCCUCACCAUGGCUACCGGACAAAUAUUUUCUCGCACGACACAAGCAUUAUUCUAUAACUACAAGCAACUUCCCAUCCAACGGAUGCUUGAUUUUGACUUCCUCUGCGGGAGGGAAACACCAUCAGUUGCUGGAGUCAUCAAUCCGGGUUCUGAGGGAUUUCAGAAACUAUUUUUUGGUCAAGAGGAAAUUGCCAUCCCAGUGCAUUCUACGAUUGAAGCAGCCUGUGCAGCACACCCCACUGCUGAUGUUUUCAUUAACUUUGCAUCCUUCAGAAGUGCUGCUGCAUCAUCAAUGGCUGCUUUGAAACAGCCUACCAUCAGAGUUAUAGCUAUCAUAGCUGAGGGUGUCCCAGAGUCAGACACCAAACAGUUGAUUACAUAUGCACGGGCAAACAAUAAGGUUGUUAUUGGCCCAGCUACCGUUGGUGGCAUACAAGCUGGAGCAUUUAAAAUUGGUGACACUGCUGGAACGAUUGACAAUAUUAUACAAUGCAAGCUAUACAGACCUGGAUCUGUUGGUUUUGUCUCUAAAUCAGGAGGAAUGUCUAAUGAGAUGUACAAUACUAUUGCCCGUGUCACUGACGGAAUUUAUGAAGGUAUUGCAAUUGGAGGGGAUGUGUUUCCGGGUUCAACUCUUUCUGAUCACAUUUUGCGGUUUAACAACAUUCCACAGGUUAAAAUGAUGGUUGUGCUUGGAGAACUUGGUGGCCGAGAUGAGUAUUCUUUGGUUGAAGCCUUGAAACAAGGAAAAGUUAACAAACCAGUGGUUGCCUGGGUUAGCGGCACUUGUGCCACAUUGUUUAAAUCUGAAGUUCAAUUUGGUCAUGCUGGAGCAAAAAGUGGCGGUGAGAUGGAGUCUGCACAAGCAAAAAAUCAAGCUUUAAGGGAUGCGGGAGCUAUUGUUCCUACAUCAUACGAGGCCCUUGAAGCUGCCAUUGCGAAAACAUUUGAAAAAUUGGUUGGAGACGGAAAAGUUACCCCAGUAAAGGAAGUGAAGCCUCCACAAAUUCCUGAGGAUCUUAGCUCAGCAAUUAAGAGCGGGAAAGUUCGGGCCCCAACCCACAUUAUUUCCACCAUCUCUGAUGACAGAGGUGAGGAGCCAAGCUAUGCUGGAAUUCCAAUGUCUUCAAUUGUUGAGCAAGGCUAUGGUGUUGGGGAUGUUAUCUCACUAUUAUGGUUCAAACGCAGCCUUCCUCGAUACUGUACCCAUUUCAUCGAGAUAUGUAUAAUGCUCUGUGCCGACCAUGGUCCUUGUGUAUCUGGAGCGCACAACACUAUUGUAACAGCAAGGGCUGGAAAAGACCUCGUGUCCAGCCUUGUCUCAGGCUUGCUUACUAUCGGCCCCCGAUUUGGUGGUGCCAUUGAUGACGCUGCUCGGUACUUCAAGGAUGCUUAUGACAGAGGUCUCACGCCUUACGAGUUUGUCGAAAGCAUGAAAAAGAAAGGCAUUCGGGUGCCUGGAAUUGGUCACAGGAUCAAGAGAGGCGACAACAGAGAUAAGAGAGUGGAGCUGCUACAGCGGUUUGCACGAACACAUUUUCCAUCAGUGAAGUACAUGGAAUACGCUGUGGAGGUUGAAAAUUACACACUCUCAAAGGCAAACAACUUGGUUCUUAACGUAGAUGGUGCAAUUGGGUCUCUUUUCUUGGAUCUUCUUGCCGGUAGUGGAAUGUUCAGCAAACAAGAGAUUGAUGAGAUCGUCCAGAUUGGCUAUUUGAAUGGUCUCUUUGUGCUCGCUCGCUCUAUUGGUCUCAUCGGUCAUACAUUUGAUCAGAAGAGACUGAAACAGCCUCUAUACCGCCAUCCUUGGGAAGACGUCCUUUACACCAAAUGAAAAGCUUUACAAAUAAAAUAGUAAGUAAGAGCAACGAGCAUUUUCAACUACAUUUACAUUUAGUUUCUGUAAAAUUAUUACUGGGACUGCCGUUCUUUAUUGUUUUCUUUUUUCCUCCUAUCUUCUCCUCUCUCCCCUCUUUCCCCACCUCACCCUUACAUUUAGCAUCUGCAUAUCUAUACCGCCAUCCUUAGGAACACGUCCUUUACACCAAAUUAUUACUGGGACUACAUUUACAUUUAGCAUCUGCAUAUAUUCUGUUGAAACGAGGCAACCUUGUCUAAACGAGCACAUGCUGCAUGCUAAAUCCAAAAACUUAAUGGAUAGAUUACAGUAUAUUUCAUCUUA